UGCAUUGUCAAGUCACUACAUGUACUGACCAAGUUAUCACAGAGAUCUUGCUAACCACAGUAAAGCCAGCUAUAAAUACAAUUUUCUUUCCUGUUUGAGGAAGUGGCCUGAUAUUUAGUCUCGAACACACAAGACACUCAUUUUCUCAGAGGAUCUGGGCUGCUGUUUGGAGCACAUAGACGCCUGCCAACAUGCAGCCUAGUCCCACACCAAUGUUGAGCCCUCACCUUUGGCAUUUGAUGGGAACUCUGCUGUUAUUUUCCUGUCUACCAUUGCAACUUCGUGCAUUCAAUAUCGACGCUGACAAUCCAGCCGUUUACUCCGGAUCUGCAGGGAGUCACUUUGGAUUUUCCGUUGAGUUCUACAUGCCUGAGGCUGCCAGUCCAGGUAUCCUAAUUGGAGCUCCAAAGGCAAAUACAACCCAAAAAAAUGUAACUGAAGGAGGAGCAGUGUUUCUCUGCCCUUGGUCGGCUAAUGGAAGUCUGUGCAGUUUAAUACCAUUUGAUACCAAAGGGGACCGGUACAUUGACACGUAUGCGGAAAUUAUGAAGGAUUACAAAUCUAACCAAUGGUUCGGAGCAACUGUCAAAGCUUACAAGGACAAAAUUGUGGCCUGUGCCCCCUUGUAUGGCUGGCAGUACACGAAAAAGACCUAUUCGAAGACCAUGACUAGCGGCAAUACUCCGGUGGGCUCGUGCCUGAUAGCGUCCGCGAAUCUCAGCACCUUCGUCGAGUAUUCACCAUGUCGUUCCAACCUGGUGGAGGAACAGUUCUCAGCCUAUGUUCCAGAUCAACGUUUUUGUGAAGCAGGAUGGAGCUGUGAAAUCACAGAGGGAGGAGAAAUAGUCAUGGGAGCACCUGGCAGUUUUUACUGGCAAGGCCAGUUGAUUGCUGCCAACAUUGACCAGAUUAUCCAAAGAUACAACGACAAAGAUCCGUUGAAAAUAUUGAGCCCGAAAAGGCAAACCGAGGAUGAGAAAGGGAAACAAGAUAACAUCUUCCUGGGCUACUCGCUUACCUUGGGAGAGUUCACAGGCGACUCAGUAAAAGAAUAUCUCGUUGGAGCCCCCAGGGCGAAAAGCACAUUGGGUUCUGUAAAUAUCUUGUGGUCUACGAACAUGACAACUAUACUAACCAUAAUUGGUGAGCAGGUGGCAGCGUACUUUGGCUAUGCAGUGGCUGUCAUGGAUCUAAACAGUGAUGGGAGAGAUGAUAUUUUAGUUGGAGCUCCGCUGUUUAUGAGCCAAGGACAGGAUGACAAACUGCACGAGGUGGGACGGCUGUACCUUUACUUACAGGAGCAACCUGGAGUCUUCAAAGAACCGCAUCAGACCUUCACCGGGACAGACAAGUUUGGCAGAUUUGGCAGUGCCAUAGCCAGCCUCGACGAUAUCGAUUACGAUGGAUACAAGGAUGUAGCAGUUGGAGCCCCAAUGGCCGGUGAAGAUGGCAAUGGCAGGGUGUUUAUUUACCUGGGACGUGCGACUGGACUCCACCAAACACCAUUCCAACAACUGAAGGGUACAUGGGGCCCUGACAUGAUGGCGGCAGGAUUUGGCUUUUCAUUGAAAGGAGGCCUGGAUAUCGAUUCAAAUAAUUUCACAGAUUUGAUUGUUGGUGCCCACAAUGCCGCCAAAGUCCUGGUCUACAGGGCAAAGCCGGUUAUAACAGCAGAGGCCAAACUCACCAUCACACCAAGCACUCUGAAUCCGGAAUUAAAGUUGUGCAAUUUGUCAAAAGAUAACCCCCCCGUGACAUGUUUUAUCAUGCGUAUGUGUGUAACAGUGACAGGGCGCAAUGCACAUCAGCAUUAUGUGCUAAACGCUCAGAUAGAGUUGGACAAAAACAAGCAGAGGUCCCAGCGCCGAAUACGAUUCCUGCCUCCGUACGAAGCCCAGGAAGAGUUUGAGUUUCCGCCAGUAGAAAACGAGAAGGAAUCCUGCGAAGAACGAACCGUUUACCUCAGGGGUGAAACUGAGUUUAAGGACAAGUUGAGCCCGAUCGUGGUGACGGGGAGCUGCAGUCUGGUGGAGCGAGCGAACAGCUCCGGCAUCCUGCCCACCGUGCUCAGCCCGCACAGUCAGGUCCUGGUGACGGAAAAGCUUCGUAUUCUCCUGAACUGUGGACCUGACACCGUGUGUAUCCCAGAUCUCAAACUCUCUGCAGAAACAGACAAGGUACAUUUGAUUGCUGGAGUCUCAAACCCACUCACGAUGGUUUUCAAUGCAUCCAAUGAUGGAGAAGGAGCAUAUGAAACCGAACUACACAUCCCCCUCCCUCCUCAAAUUGACUUCAUCAGUGUUGUGCGGGGUAAUGAGAAACUGACUAAGCUGAGCUGUAACCCAGUGGAGUUCAACGGCACUCAAACGGUGAUCUGUGACCUCGGCAAUCCAAUGGCAGCUGGCGUGAAGUUAUCCACAGGACUCCAUUUCAUGGCGCACAGCUUGGAACAGGUGGACACCGUCACAAUCAGCAUGCAGAUAAAAAGUAAAAACUCACAAAAUUCUGAUAGUAAGGUGGUCCAUUUGAAGUUGCAAGUCAAAGCUCUGGCUCAGCUUGUUCUCAGAGGGGCUUCGCAGCCUGAGCAGAUUAUACUCCCAUUCAUCAAUUUUGAAUCGCCUUCAGAUACGGUGGUGAAGAACAGCAGCCUACCAGUGAUAGCACAUGUCUAUGAGCUACACAACAAAGGCCCAUCCGCCAUUAGUAAAGCCAUUGUGGAAAUGGACUGGCCUGCAGACUUCAAUGGCAUUAAUCUCUUGUUCAAAUCAAUGGUUGAACCAACAAAUGAAAUUAAGUGCACGGUAGACUCCAUUGAAGCUGAGAACUGGGUCCUGUCUUUAAGCACGCAGAGUCCAUUUACUACUGAGAACAUUCGUCAUGAGUUGAAUAAAAGAGAUGUCAACAAACCUGAAGCUUUAGUGGAGGAAACCAUCUUAAAUUUGACCUGUGACGUUUCCAAAUGUGUGAAAAUUGUGUGCCAUGUGGGUCGUCUGGAGAGAAAUAAGAGAGCAGUGAUCAGCAUACAAUCCACUCUCAGAAUGGAGCCCUUCAUAAAGAAUCAAUACAAACAGUAUACUUUCCAGUCCAGAGCAUCUUUCAUUGUGAAAGAAAUGCCGUACAAAGUAGAGCCUGAAGAAUUCCCCAGUGGCAAUACCAUGGUAGAAUCCAUCAUUGAAUGCAGUGAACCAGAGGGAGCCGGGACUGUGCCAGUCUGGUGUAUUAUUGUGGCUUUGCUCGGGGGCUUGCUACUCAUAGCUACGGUGACAUUCAUCCUUUGGAAGUGCGGUGUGGAUUUUUUCAAAAGGAAACUGCCCCCAACCGAAUCAGAAGAUUUGUUGUAACGUCUCACCAACAACAACCCCUGUUUCCCAGUGGCCCCAGAAUGAAGAGAGUGUUGCCUCCGUCAAUCCCAGACAUAUUGUAAGGGGCACAUUCUCACCUUGAUGCAUCUAGUUAAUCUCAGCCACCAUGGGCUCCUUCAACAGGGCACUCAGAUGUAUCUCAUGGGCGUUUCUGCCGGGCAGGAGUCUUCACCACAAGCCUUAAAAUGAUUACCGAAGACGUAUUUUCAAAUGUGUGAAAGCUGCUUAAAGCAAUCAGAGACCUUGCAGAUGGUCUUAUUUCCAGAUGGAGUCACAUUUAAAUCAUAACAAAUGUCUGAACAUGGGUAACUACUGCCCAAAUAAUCUCAAACAACCAUCAUCAUUUGUUGCGAGGCAGGUCCAAGUGUAGUUCAUUUUUGUUUUGCAGUUCCAACCAAACGCUAACUAUUCUAACCAAUUCCUACUGAGAGCUACGUACUCUAACCAUUUCCUACCUAGCUCGGCGUACUUUAACCAUUUCAUACCCAGUGCUACAUACUAUAGCCAUUUCCUACCUAUCGCUAGCUGCUCUAAUCCAUUCAAAUUUGUGAAAUGGGAUCCAGGCCCUUCAUGGUACAUCCUCCCACUUCACUUGGGAAUGAUUAUCAACCUCAACGAUACCUUUACCUCUCGGUGUGUCCUUUUCUUCUAUCUUGCUCUCAUUGUAAUCCACAUGUUCCUUCUCCACUAAGGUAGCUGGGCUCUCCUGGUUGUAGACGUAGACAUAGACCUCAAUAUCUCACCUAUCAUACGUGAUAUCAUACUCAUGAUUCGCACGGUUGUUUCAACUUUGUAUCGACUUUCAUUUCUAUUGUCAGUAAUUUUUCAGAUAUGAUAAUUAUACAAGCCAAAGAUGACAUUGAGAUCCAUUGGCAUCAGCGCAUUUUAAAAUUUUAGAUAUAAAUAUUCAGUUUUGUUUUCCUGCGUUCACUUUGCUUUCUCCUAAAAAUAUUUCAGAUGUAUAUCUUAAAUGCUUUAGUGAUUAAAGAUAUUGCCCAGGGCAAAACUAAGGAACUCUGGACAAGUCCCUUGUGAUAUAUUUAUCUGCCUUUUUCUUUUAGCCUUUCCUCUAUCUUUCCCCAAAUAAUUCUCCUUCUAUUUCCUUUUUAUAUCCAAAAUUUAAAAAAGGGAUAACAAAUGUUAGAAGUAGGUAUGUUACAAAACCUACCUGAAUCGUGGCUGAGCAUCUGCCCCCACCCCGUGUGCGCGUUUUGGCGCUGUUUAGAGGGGGCGGGUUUAAAACGCGAUUUUUACUAGGCUGUUCCAAUCGAAAAUGUUCAGCCUAGUAAAUCAUUAACGGAAAAUCGCUGAAAGACCACGUCGCAAAAGGUAUUAUUAGUUUUUAUGGCCUUGAAUAAUAUUUAUAGUAGUUUAAAAAUCACUCUCUCACUCCGCAACCUCUCGCAGCCCCAGGGUUUUAUAAAGCAAACAAUUAAAGGUAUGUACCUUAUUUUUACAUUAAAUGGGGCUUGUGUAUAACCCUGUAAUUAAAGUUUUCUAUAGCGAGUAGUUCAUUUUGGGCUCUUUAUAUCCCGCAGUAUUUUUCUGGGCACUUGAGGGCACAAAUCCAGGGCAAUGUGAACGUUCUAAACCAGCGCGUUCACAGGAACCCACUAGAAAGCUGAUUUAAAAUAGACUUUUAAUUUACAGCAAAUGAACACUAAAUUCCUUCUAUUUGGCCUAUAAAUUGAUGUAAAUGAGAUUUAAAAAUCAUGUUUUAUUGUGAAUUAUUUGUGAAUAUUAUUUGGACACUUGGGCUAUUUAAAAAUGUUAAUCAUUUAUUAAGAAAUGGAUAGAUGUUUAGAUAUAGUAAUUGAAGUUUGAAAUUAGCUCCAAUUGGGUAACUAACUAAUUAUAUGCUUUAAUUUCAGGUCAUCCAAGUAAGAUUAUUUUAUAUUUGUUUCAGAAUGCUUCAAUCUAUGAUAACUGAAAAUUUCAUUCAGUUCUCUUAAUUUUUAAGAAGGUUAUGGGCUUUUGGCUGUCCACGAUCACAGCUUUUUUGUUAUGUCCAUAUAAAAUCAACAAGAUGCUAAUUUCCGAGUAUGAAAAUGGCCAUAACUUUUUUAUUAAUUGAGAUGUGAAAGUGAAUUAGGUGUCAAAUUCAACUUAUUGUUAUGCUUUAUCUGAUGGGAUAAAUUGCAGACUUGAUUUUUUAAAUCUCAAAAUUUUGUAACAUUGCUAUUAGAAGGACCAGGAAAGAAUACUGAGGUGGCCUGGAAUUACUGUUGCAGUUAUUCUGAAUAAAAUAUCACAAAAUAACACCCAUGUCUGUAAAUAGAUAUCCUCUAUCUCAAGUUAGGAUUCUAUGUAAAUGCAGAAUUUUUAGUUUUAGAUUUUUACUGAAGAUGUAAGCAAUAGUUGUUGCUAGCAACUGUUCUCCACUUCCUAGAGGUUUCAAAGAUCCAUCUGAUCAGUACGGUUGACCAAUAAAUGUUUUGCUGAAAUAAAGAUUGCAUGUGUCA